AUGAAGAUCACAGAGAAGCUUCAGAAGGCGGAGAGGGAGGGACGGACGUUCUGGAGUUUCGAGUUCUUCCCGCCUAGGACAGCUCAGGGUCUGCAGAACCUCUACGAUCGGAUAGAGCGGAUGCGGGGUCUGGGACCAGAGUUCAUUGACAUCACUUGGGGAGCUGGAGGCAAGAAUGCCGACCUCACUUCGUCCCUGGUCCAGGUCUGCCAGGAGACGAUCGGGAUUGAGUGCUGCAUGCACCUGUGCUGUACCGAAAUGCCCGCUGAGAAGGUCAAAGAGGCUCUCGUUAAAGCAAAAGCACACGGCUGCCAAAAUAUUCUCGCCCUCCGCGGUGACCCCGUUGCGGGUACUUCCACCUGGGAGCCUACACCUGGCGGCUUUCACAACGCCGUCGACCUCGUCAAAUACAUCCACGAGACCCACCCUGGAGACUUUUGCGUCGCUGUCGCCGGUUUCCCGCAGGGUCAUCCCGAAUCCCCCGAUACGCCAGAAGGACGGAAACAGGAGAUCGAAUGGCUGAAGACCAAGGUCGAAGCUGGCGCCGACUUCAUCUUCACCCAGCUCUUCUACGACACCGAGAUCUUCUUUGACUGGGUCCGUCGCGUUCGUGCCGCCGGUAUCACCGUCCCCAUCAUCCCUGGAAUCAUGCCGAUCCAGAACUGGGAAAAAUUCCAGAAAUGGGUCGACCGCGAGAAGAUCAUCGUCCCGGACCACUUUUACGAGCAACUCAACCCGAUCAAGGGCGAUGAUGAGAAGGUGCGGCAAGUGGGGACGAAGCUGGUGGGGGAUAUGUGCAGGGCGAUAUUGGCGAAUGAGGAGGCGGGGAUCAAGGGGCUGCACAUCUACACGUUGAACCUGGAGAAGGGGGCGAAGAUGCUGUUGACGGAAUUGGGGCUGGAAGGAAGGAGGGAAGCGAUCGCGCCGUUGCCGUGGAGGCCGAGCUUGACUCCGCAUAGGCGAGGGGAAACGAUCAGGCCGAUCUUUUGGGCGAAUCGCGUUCAGAGCUAUUUGUCGAGAACGGACGACUGGGACGAGUUCCCGAACGGUCGAUGGGGUGAUUCCCGCUCGCCAGCGUACGGCGAUCUUGACGGAUACCCGGUCUCAAUAGGCAUCAACUCCAAAGACGCACAAGAGCUCUGGGGCACACCUACCACCCCUUCAGACAUCUCCGCCCUCUUCGCCCGUUUCUGCCGAGGCGAACUCGCCAAGCUUCCGUGGUCCUCUCAACCACCGGCGAGCGAGACGAGCGUCAUCCAGGAGAAGUUGACGCGGAUGAACGAGAUGGGCUACCACACCAUCAAUAGUCAGCCCGCAGUAGAUGGUGUCAGGUCGGAUGAUAAGGUACACGGAUGGGGACCGCCCGGGGGUUACAUCUACCAAAAGGCCUACCUAGAGUUCUUCGUCUCGCCCGCACUCCUCUCUCCUCUGAUCCGCCGCAUUGAGCGGGAUCCCCGUAUCACCUAUUAUGCUGUCAACCGCCAAGGCGACCUGCGGACCAACACCCACUCGGAGGGACCGAAUGCGGUCACAUGGGGUGUCUUCCCAGGGAAGGAGAUUGUCCAACCGACCAUCGUUGAGGCUAUUAGCUUCAUCGCCUGGAAGGACGAAGCAUUUGAGCUCGGUCUCCAAUGGGCUCAUCUCUACCCCGAAGGCUCGCCGUCCCGUACUCUCAUCGAAGGCGUCAUGAACGACUCGUACCUCGUCAACAUUGUCGCCAACGACUUUAAGCACGGCGAUGCCAUCUUUGAGCCCUUCCUUCUCGACACCACGGCGGCGGGCAAGGCGGUAGCGGACGUCACAGCGACUGCCAACGGGGUCGUCAACGGCGUCGUCGGGAGUGUCAAGAUACCCAGCAUAGGUUUCAACAAACUGCCAUACCAUAUACUUCUAUUGUAA